GACCCUUUGUUUCUUUCUUUUUCGUUCCUCCUCCUCCCUCUCUCUCUCUCUCUCUCUCUCUCUCUCUCGUUGUCGACGCGCCUUUUCGUUCCUUUUCCUUCCGAAGAGACCGGGAGAAAGAUCCCACCUCGGCCGCCGCGAUGAAGGGAAACAGAGGGCCCAGGUCGCCCUUAGUAUCUCGGUUGGCACGCGAGAAGAUAAGGCUGCCCGCUGCCCUUCUCUUGUGCGUCGUCUUCUUCCUCGCCGGCCUCUUCGUCUCCAUUCUCAUCUCCUCUCCCUCUCAGGAUCCUUCCGGCGGGGGUCGCCUUACCCGAUCUCGGCUGCUGGAGCUCGACGAUGAGGAUCCCGAGCGGUCGCCGAUGCCCCACGGGAAGACCGGGGAAUCUACCCCGUCUUUGAUCCCUUUCCAGGUUUUGAGCUGGAAACCUCGUGCAUUGUAUUUUCCAAAUUUUGCCACAGCAGAACAAUGCCAAACAAUUGUACAAAAAGCUAAGUCUAGGCUUAGGCCUUCAACAUUAGCUUUACGGAAGGGGGAAACUGCAGAGAAUACUCAAGGAAUAAGAACAAGUUCUGGCACAUUCAUAAGUGCAUCUGAAGAUUCAAGUGGUGUCUUGGGCCAGAUAGAGGAGAAGAUUGCUAGGGCCACAAUGAUUCCGAGAGAGCAGGGAGAGGCCUUUAACAUCUUGCGCUAUGAGAUAGAGCAGAGGUAUGCUUCUCACUAUGAUGCAUUCAACCCUGCUGAAUAUGGCCCUCAGAAAAGCCAAAGAGUAGCUUCAUUUUUAUUGUACUUGUCGGAUGUUGAGGAAGGAGGGGAAACCAUGUUUCCUUAUGAGAAUGGAUCCAAUAUGGACAUUGCCUAUGAUUAUGAGAAGUGCAUUGGCUUGAAGGUGAAACCACGCAAAGGAGAUGGGCUCUUAUUUUAUUCUCUGUUUACAAAUGGGACAAUUGACCCAACAUCACUCCAUGGUAGCUGCCCCGUGAUCAAGGGAGAGAAAUGGGUAGCAACAAAGUGGAUUAGAGAUCAAACUGAGAAGUAAUCUGCAGUGUAGAUUUCUCAAUAUUUGUUCCUUGUGCAUUUACCUGUUACUGUAUAAAACAACGUGAUGGGAAAAAAAAAGAAGACAAUUUCACUUGGCCAACAAUUAGGGAAAGGGUGAAAAAAAAAAAGAGGAAGAGUUGAUCCUCUUGACAGAAUCAAGAGGGAAAAUUUUUUGGAGCCACUUGAUCAGCUGAUGAAAGAUCCGUUAAUUGUUGUUCGGACCAGCCGAGCAAAGCUAUUAUCGUCGGUAGAUUGCUCAAUACGCCUGAAGGGAUUGAAAGGUUGAUUGUCGUAACCUUGUUGCCAUGUUGCUGUAGUUUGUUUUUCCCAUGGCAGAUGAGUUAAUUAUUUAAUGCAUAUGUAGAUUCCUAAUCAUAUACAUUUAGGCGAUUGCAUGUUGAAUCGGAAUUUCUUGAAUGUUAGGACA